CGACGUUAAAAGCUUAAAAAUCAAAACAUUAUCCACUCCAAACUAUGGUCGAUUUCAAAGGAAAUAUGUGAAGCAAGAUGUCCAUAUCAUGGAAAUGGUUUUUAUAUUACUCACUGAUACUUUAUCUUGAACAAGGACUAUGCCAAAUGGGUCAGAAAGAAUGUCCACCGCAAGAACAUAUAUUGCCAUGUCGUUGUUUAUCUCGUGGAACUUUUAUACAGAUUUGGUGCUCGCAUAGCAAUCUUCCGCGCGUCUUAGAAGGAUUACGAAAAGUUGGAGAUUACAUUCAGGAACUGAUCGACGAAGUAAUAUUAGAGAACAAUCAGCUGCCAGCAGUUCCAGCUAAAACUUUUGUUCCACUGAAGGUGAUGAGAUUAAUGCUACGGUAUAACGGCCUGGAACGCGUAUCGUCUAGUUGGUUAAGUGGCUUGGAGACGUCUCUUGUGGAGCUGUUCAUCGUGGAACCGGCUCUUAGAAGUUUACCUGAAGACAGCUUGGCCGGUCUAAACAUUCUGGAGGCGAUAACGAUAAACUCGAAUUUAUUAAAAAGAUUUCCUACAUUUUCCGAUUUGCCAAAACUUCGAUAUCUACAAAUCGAAUCGAAAUCACUGGUGGAAUUAUCUUCUCGGCACUUUCGAGAGUUACCGACACUAGAAAAGGUGCACAUAACUGGUAGCCCUCGCUUGUCCAGGCUUGAGGGAGGUCUCUUACAAGACCUUCCAAAACUAAAUUUGGUUAAUAUUUCAUUUUGUGGUAUUUCCUGGAUCCAUCCACGAGCUAUUACGCAUCUCCCUGCAUUGAAGGAGCUUUGGUUAGUCGGAAAUAAAAUUGUUGACCCCGCAAUAGUGGGAAGAAGUAUUAGGGACUUAUCCAACCUUGAAGUGUUACAUUUGGAGCACAAUUCAAUGGAAACACUGAGUGAGGGCUCUUUUGUAGAUCUUCCGUCGUUAAAGCAAUUAUUCGUUUCUAACAACAGAAUUAAGGAAUUGCACCACGGAGCCUUCCACCGAGUACCUAUGCUUCAAUUACUGGAUUUGAACAAGAACCUGAUUAGAAGAGUGCACCCAGAAAGUUUUCUACAACAUUCGGGAAGCGGAUUAGAAGAACUCUGGCUGAUAGAAAACAACAUAAGUCAUGUUGCCGAAUUGAGAUCCCUUUUAGAUGCAUUGCCGCGUUUAAUUUUUUUGGACAUGAGUUAUAAUAGUUUAGAAGUGAUACCAUUUGGUUCGUUACGAGGACACGCAAUGUUAGAAAGACUCCACUUAGAUCAUAAUAAUCUUCAUACAAUAGAACGCGAAACCUUUAAGGCAAUGCCGGCUUUGAGAGAGUUACGGUUACGUAAUAACUCUCUUUCGGAUAUCUUAGAGGCGCCAUUUUGGAAUCUUCCGGCUUUAAAGGGAUUAGAUUUAUCCCACAACUAUUUCAAAAUAUUACAGCCACAGUUACUUGCAAAUUUGCCAAACUUAAGAAGGCUCGAUUUAAGCAAUAACCGAUUAAGUUUAAUCAGCUCCGAAGCUUUUCUUGAAACGCCCGCUCUAGAGCAUAUUAAUAUUUCGAGUAAUCGAUUAAGUGAUAUCCACCCCGCAACGUUCGGUCAUCUCUCAGGAUUAUUCGAACUUGAUUGUAGUUAUAAUCACCUGUUCGAGUUUGUAAGGGGACUUCCACCUGCUAUCGAGUAUCUUCACGUUUCCAAAAACAUGAUUACAAAGCUGCCGUUGACGGACUUAAAUCUUCCAACGCUCAAGAUGAUGGAUAUAUCUUACAACGGUAUUGAGCGGAUAUUUCCGGGAACGUUGCGUUAUUUACGUCAACUUAGAAAGUUGUACGUUCAAAAAAAUUCUAUAGGAGAAUUGGAUGAAGCCUCGUUAGUAGAAUUGCCAAACUUGGAAGUGUUAGACUUACGAAGUAACCAAAUAGAACAUGUUGAAGCUGUUGCGUUCUUACAUGCUUCUAGAUUGCGUGAGCUCAACUUAGCAGAAAAUAGACUCGGUAUUUUAUCGGACGAUGUGUUUAAUAAAGUGGCGCAUAUGAAAAAACUAGAUCUAAGUCGAAACCAGCUGAGUGAAAUUUCGUACACUGUACUGAGAAAUACGAAAGAUUUGCAAAUCGCUAACGUUUCUUUUAAUCUCUUAUCCAAAUUUCCGGACUGUAUCCAAGGAAUGAAGCAAUUACGCGUUCUGGAUCUGACUAAUAAUAAACUACUAAACAUUAAUUCCACAACCCUAAAAAGUUUAAGCGCCCUCUUCGAACUGCGGAUAUCUAAAAAUUUGAUUCCAGAAAUAAAAACGAAUCUUUUUGGGAACCUACCAUCACUAAAACUCAUAUAUUUAGACAACAAUGAACUAGUAACAAUUGAAAGUCAUUCCUUUAAUUCGUUACCUUCGCUUGUGAUACUCAAAAUGAACAACAAUAAAUUGAGACGUUUACCAGAAUUCGCAUUUUAUGAUCUUCCUAUGCUACAAGUAUUGGAGCUUCAAGAAAACCAAUUGGAGAGUAUUUCCGAGAACGGAUUUUCAUCAAUUACUCACUUACUUAUGCUGAACAUGAGCCACAAUCAGUUCACAUCGUUAGAGAGUGCCGGAUUAAAAAACUUGAGAUCAUUGGAAAUGUUAGAUAUGAGUAAUAAUCGUCUUUCGAAAAUUACAAAUGACGAUUUCGAAAAAAUGGAGUGGUUAGUCGAAUUGCGUUUAGACAACAAUCAUAUAUGCAGCGUUCAGGGCACCCCCUUUAACGAAAUGCCACGACUCCGUAUUCUAAGUAUAAAAAACAAUAAGAUGGCAUCAUUUUCUGAAAAAUCCGUUCGACAAUUGCGCGGAAAUUUGGCGGUUCUUGAUAUCAACGGAAAUCCAUUGGCAUGUACCUGUCACAUCCUAUGGUUUAAGGCGUGGUUAGAAGAAUCGUCAAUACUAGGCCCAAAAUGCAACGACGGAAGUCUAUUAAGAGAAAUGCGUUUAUCGUAUCAAGACUGCGAUCGCGAAAACAGACAGCCGGAAGUGAUUUCACCGGAAUGUGCAACCGAAUUCUUAUACAACGCGCAUCUGUUACCGCCUCCACCUUAUUCACAAGAAAAUCAGCAGCGUCCUUCUCCAGAAGAAUCUGACGAUUUCUACGAAGAUUUUAUUGAUUAUCCAUAUAACGAAACAAGCCUAAUGGUCAACAUUAACAAUGAGACGACCGAAACAUCACAGUCAUCUCACUAUAUAUCGGGAGACACUCCUACAAUAUACGCAGCCUCUUCAAAAAACAAAAGCAAAAUUCAUCCCCCAGUUACUCAAAAUGUUAACAAGAUCACAUCUACAGCUCCCAGUAACAGCGGUUUUACAUUCUUCGGCGUACCUUUACCUAGCCUCAAUCUAAAUUUAAAUAAUCUUUGGAGUAGGGGAAAUGGCCGAAAAGCGGAAAUAGUAAAAUUACCAUCCGCGCUAAUAGCCGAACGCAAAUCAGCUAUAGUGAAUAAAGUACCGUAUACUGCCCGUAACUUCUAUCCACCGACAAUUCCCGAAAUUGAAUCAGGCGGUUUUGUACCAUUACUCCCUGGAACAGGAGGGUUUACCCCAAUCAUAAAUCCACAGUAUGUACAAACAAAGAAACAAUAUUUAAAUGAAACUCGGGAUAUGAGCAUCGAAACGACCUCUGAAAUCACCUUGUCGGAUUAUGUUGUGGAUGAUACUAUUAAAAGUAGCUCAACCGUGAUCAAUAUUGUAUCUUUAUCAUCACAAACACCCACUUCUACGACAGAGAGUGUUUACACAAAAGCGCCUGUGCAUCUCUCAAAACCAACAGAGAAAACUGUUCCAUCCAAACAAAUCCAGGAAACUCAAAAUACUACCACUAAGGCGGAAGAUAAGACAAUACAAACUACACAAGCUGAGCUUGGCAAAUUGGUGCUUAGGAAUGGAAAUGAGGACUCCACGUCGACAGCCUCUAAUACCGAUAGUACACCUACAAUGAAUCGUUUUGAAGAUAUAUUUAAAGUGUUUGUUGAAAAUGUGUCCCUGCCAUCUACAUAUACAACGAUUACAAUGCCCGUUAGUACCGCUCUAACUACUAAAAAUGCCACUACUUCUUUAACUAAUUUGAUCACGUUUGGCGAACUCCAAUCACAUUUCCGUCCGCACGGAAGAUCGACAAUAACAAAGGUACAAUCGCCACGUAUUUCGGGAACGUCUCCCCUAUUAUCAGACGAAAAAAUCACAUUUGCAAACGCACGAGAACCAAAAACAUCGCGGUUGGAUGGAAGCGCAUCUUUAAAGUCGAUUUCAAAAAAUAAAGACAUGAGCUGGUAUUAUAGCAACUAUAAUAAAACAAAGCUAGAACCUUAUAUUGGACCGGCGGGGGCAGUAGAUACAAAAUCGGGCAGCACAAAACAAAACAUUAAUCAGCUUACUUUAACUGCGUAUUUUUGUUUGUUAAGCAACAUAGUAUCUAUAAUAAAUACCUAA